ACACCCAAUCAUUUCUCAUUUCUCUCUUAGACAUUCUAGUUGAACGUUUGGUGCCGUUUUGGGGGUUUGCUCGACGAUCAUCAAUUCAUCAAAUCGCAGACUGGUUGUUUGUUUUCCAAAUUGCACUAAAUUCCCAAAACUGCAAAUUUCAUUUCAAAACCCUUAAAGGUUCAAUUCCUACUCUUCUUUUUUAUGAACGUUGGAGCUUGCAAAACAUUUUUCUCGGUUUCCAGUUUGAGCGCACAGGAGAAUGUUGUUCGGUCAUGCUGAUGGUCUAUCUGAACAACGGUCACCAAGGGACCAGCUACUCGCUGAUCCUGAAUCGCUGGAAGAUGAUUUCAAAUUAGACAGUUCUGAAACGAUAUUGUACGCUGCUUCUUUUGAAGAACUCGCCAGAGAUAAUCUUCAGUAUGACACCAUCAUAUGGGUUUCUAUAUCGUUAUUGCUGGUUUUGGCUUGGGGUGUUGGCAUCAUCAUGUUGCUCUACCUGCCCUUUAGAAGAUAUGUGCUUCAGAAGGACAUUUCAUCACGCAAGCUUUAUGUCACACCUAGUGAAAUAGUUUACGAGGUUUCGAGACCCUCUUUCAUACCCUUUUGGGGCACAAUAACAAUUGAAAAGCAUGUACCUCUUUCCAAGGUGAUUGAUAUUAUAAUUGAACAAGGGUGGUUGCAAUCAGUGUACGGUAUCCAUACCUUUAGAGUUGAAAGCAUAGCCCAUGGAAAAGCUGCACCUGUUGACGAACUACAGGUUCAAGGGGUUGCAAACCCUGCACUUCUGAGAAGGGUCAUUGUAAGAGAAGCUGCAAAGCCUAUACAGGAAGUUGGUAGAGGUUGGAAACUUUCUACUGUGACUGGUGAAGUGGAAACUGCAUCUCGAAUGACAUCAUCAUUCACAGAAGGACAACCAAUCCUAAGAUCACCAGCCAAAAGUUGGAAGAUGACAGCUUCACCGCGUCAUUCUUCCGUGGAGCGCAGAGCAAUGGUGCCUGGAGAGUUGUUUAUGCAAAAACUUGAAGAAGUCAAUAAAUCAGUAAAGAAAAUUGAGUUUCUCAUCGAGAAGUCCCAAGCUUCCUCGGAGCCAGAGGGUAGCUGAAAAGCCAUGGUGCUGAGAAGGGUGUAGAAAGUUUCAAUAGUGAGAAAUGCAGAGUUAACUUCAUACGAUGAAACUUCAAAGUGACUUUCUUUUGUUUCAGUAACUUGCAAUAUUUUUCGUGUUUCUUCUUGGUGUUCUAUAAAUAUGCUUUUGUAAAAGUUCAUCAAUUCAUUUACCGCCAAUAUGUAUUUUUUGGCUUGGCAUAGGCUUAAUCCCGGACUCAUAAUUUUUCAUGAAGUAAAAAGUGUACUAUUGUCCAAGGUUUAGAAAA